AUUCUCUCUUCUUCAUUUCAAUAUUCCUCUUCCUUCCUUCAAACAUCUCUCUGCGGGCGGAAAUGGAUGCUUCUUCUUCCGAUUCUAUUUCAUUGUCAUCAUCUAAAGGAGGAAUGGCGAUGGAUUUUGGGAACCACCACCAACAGCAGCCUCAUGUAUUAGCAGUUGAUGACAGUAUCAUCGAUCGGAAGCUCAUUGAGAAAUUACUCAAGAACUCCAGUUGCAAAGUCACUACGGCUGAGAAUGGGUUGAUGGCAUUGGAGUUUUUAGGGUUGGGGGAGCAUCAGAAUACCAAUUUGCAGGUUGGUGAUGGUUCAAAGGUGAAUAUGAUCAUUACAGAUUACUGCAUGCCAGGAAUGACUGGCUAUGAGUUACUCAAGAAGGUUAAGGAAUCAAAUUCAAUGAAGGAGGUACCAGUCGUCGUCAUGUCAUCCGAGAAUGUUCCCACUCGGAUUAACAAAUGUCUCGAGGAAGGAGCUCAAAUGUUUAUGCUAAAGCCUCUCAAACAAUCCGAUGUCAAGAAACUUAUCAGAUGUCAAGUCAUGAAAUGUUGAACAACAACAAAUAUACACAUAGUAUUUCCUCUAGUAGUAAUAUUGGUGGAGUCAGUCUGUCUCUCUGUUUGUUGACCAACUAUUUUCUAGUCAACAUCUAGUUAGUUAGCUAGUUGCUUAUUAUGACUCUUCUUUCACUAACAAAUAUUUCAUUUGUUAUAUGUCAACAACCAUCUAUAUCAUCUUUUCUUAAUCACUGCAACUCAUUUACAUUCU